AGCAGUAAAAACAGUGGUCACAAGAUAAGUGGCUCUUAGUCGCCAUCUAGUGGCCACUUCAGAAAAUAUUUAUUGGCACGAUGACAAAACUUGCAGAGAAUCUUCUGAAACGAAAGUGAAAUGAUUAAAACUUCUCAUCAUAUAUCUCAGCUGACUUACUUUCUGUUUCUUGUUUGGCCUGCUCGGUUGUAGUACAGUCAGGUGUCUUCUGAUCUCUGAGUUAAAACUGAUCAAAUUGGAGACAGUUACUAAAAAAACUGCAAUAACAACAUGUCAAAGAUGGGUGACAUCGAUGAAGGAUUCUACUCUCGACAACUGUAUGUUCUGGGUCAUGAGGCGAUGCACCGGAUGGGCACUGCCAACGUCCUUAUUGCAGGCAUGCGUGGUCUUGGAGUAGAAAUCGCCAAAAAUGUGAUCCUGUCCGGAGUGAAUUCUGUCACUGUGCAGGAUGAGGGCCAGACAACUUGGACUGACUUGUCCUCCCAGUUUUUCCUAAAGGAGUCCCAUAUCGGUGAGAACCGAGCUACGUGUUCCCUACCACAGCUGUCUGCCUUAAACCCGCAUGUGCAUGUAUCUGCCAACACGAGACCACUGGAUGAGGACCAACUUCUACAAUUUCAGGUGGUGGUCCUCACUGACUCCUCACUGGAUGAUCAGAAGCGUUUUGGUGACUUCUGCCAUUCGCAAGGAAUCAAGUUCAUUGUAGCAGACACCAAAGGACUCUGUGGUCAGCUGUUCUGUGACUUUGGGGAUCAGUUUGAGGUCUUGGACACUGAUGGGGAGAUGCCUGUAUCGGCAAUGAUUCAAAAUAUCUCUAAGGGGAAUCCUGGAGUUGUGGUCUGCACAGAUGACAGGAAGCAUGGAUUUUCCGACGGCUGUCAUGUCUCCUUCUCUGAAGUCCAAGGCAUGACGGAGCUCAACAACAUUGCCCCUGUGGAGAUCAAAGUCCGUGGCCAACAUUCUUUCAGCAUUGGUGACACCUCAAACUUCUCUCAGUAUGAACGUGGUGGUGUAGUGACUGAGGUUAAACAGUCCUCAGUGUUGAGUUUUAAACCAAUCAGUGAGGCUUUAUCGGACUAUGAACUGCUGAAAAUGAACGAUUUUGGAAAAAUAUCAAGGCAUAAGACCCUGCACUUGGCCUUCCAAGCCCUCCAUAGAUUUGUGAAGAAAGAGCAGCGACUCCCUCGUCCUUGGUGUCAGUCAGAUGCAGAUGCCCUGCUUGACACAGUGAGAGAGCUGAAUUCGGUCACACAGCUGGAACAGCUGGAUGAGGCUGCGGUGCAAAUCCUGUCUUUCACAGCUCAGGGUGAUUUGGCUCCUCUCAAUGCUUUCAUAGGAGGCCUGGCUGCUCAGGAAGUUAUUAAGGCAUGUAGCAGGAAAUUCACGCCCCUUCGGCAGUGGCUAUAUUUUGAUGCACUUGAGUGCCUCCCUGAAGACAAGGACCAACUGGCAGAGUGCUCUUUUUCAGCCAAAGGUACAAGGUACGACGGACAGAUCGCCGUGUUCGGAGAGAAGUUCCAGGAGAAGCUGUCGAGCCAGAAGUAUUUCUUGGUUGGAGCUGGUGCUAUUGGCUGCGAGCUUCUUAAGAAUUUUGCCCUCAUUGGGCUCGGUGCUGGAGAAGAAGGGCACAUCACCUUAACAGACAUGGACUACAUAGAGAGAUCCAACUUGAACCGCCAGUUUCUGUUCAGGUCUCCAGAUAUUGGGAAACCAAAAUCGGAAGUUGCAGCGAAGGCAGUGCAAGUGAUGAACCCACAGAUGAACAUCACCGCUCACCAGAAUCGUCUGGACCCGGACAGCGAACAAGUGUAUGAUUACAAGUUCUUCAUGGGUCUCGAUGGAGUGGCUGCAGCCCUGGAUAACGUGGAAGCCAGGGCCUAUCUUGAUAGCCGCUGCGUUCAACACCAGAAGUCAAUGCUGGAGGGGGGUACUCUUGGAAGCAAAGGUCAUACUCUGGUGGUGGUGCCUCACCUGACAGAGUCUUACGGACCAGCCAAAUCAAGUUCUAAUGACGCCAUCCCACUGUGCACUCUCAAGAACUUCCCUCACCGCAUUGAGCACACCCUGCAGUGGGCCAGAGACCAGUUUGAGGGGAUGUUCAAACAAACUCCUGAAAAUGUGAAUCUUUUUCUGAGGGACGCAGAGUUUGUAGGGCGGACUCUGGGCCAUGGAGAUGCUGAGGCCUUGGAGGUGUUUGGAGGGGUGUAUAGCAGCCUGGUGGACAUGAAAGCUGGAGGACAACGUCCCACAAGCUGGGACGACUGUGUGAGCUGGGCACGUUGCAAGUGGGAGACUCUCUAUAACAAUGAGAUCUGUCAGCUCCUGCACUGUUUUCCACGUAAACAGGUGACCAAGACUGGUUUACCCUUCUGGUCUGGAUCCAAGAGAUGCCCUCACUCACUGAUCUUUGACCCUAACAAUACUACCCAUUUGGAGUAUGUGAUGGCAGCGGCUAAUCUGUAUGGGCAAAUUUAUGGGAUCAAGGGUACAAGAGACUGCGCUUCUAUACGGAAAAUCUUGGAGAAAGUCCACAUACAGUCUUUCACUCCCAAGUCCUCUGUGAAGAUUCAUCUCACUGACAAGGAGAUGGAAGAGGAUAAAAAAAAGGAAAGCGAUGACACUGAAAAAGCCCGACUUGAGGAACUGAAAGGAAAGUUGGCCUCUUUGAAAAGCUCAGCCAUGCAGAUGUACCCCAUCGACUUUGAGAAGGACGACGACAGUAACUUCCACAUGGACUACAUUGUUGCUGCUUCUAACCUGAGGGCGGAGAACUAUGACAUCCCUGCAGUCGAUCGGCACCAGAGUAAGGGCAUUGCUGGGAGAAUCAUCCCAGCCAUAGCUACCACAACAGCAGCAGUGGCGGGCCUGAUGUGCCUGGAGCUGUAUAAACUGGUGCAGGGCCACCAGAAAAUCAGCUCUUACCGCACAGCUUACAUCAACCUGGCUGUCCAGUACUUUGUCCUGUCCCAGCCGAGUCGGCCCCAGUCCUUCGAAGUUGCAGGAAAGAAAUACACCCAGUGGGAUGACUUGAUUGUUGAGGGCAGACGUGGCGGUCAGCAGGAAAUGACCUUGGAAGAUCUGUUCCAGUAUGUCAAGGAAAAAUACGGCUUGACCGUCUGUGGCCUCUUCUACGGACCUGCUAUCUUGUACAGUGAUCACAAAGAGAGGCUCACGCAGAGUGUGUCUGAUGUGGUGAGGAUGGUAACCAAGGCAGACAUCCCUCCACACAAGAAGAUGUUGGACCUAAUCGCCUCAUUUGCUGAAGAUGAGGACUGUGAGACAGUCCCAACUAUCAGAUACCUGCUCUUGUGAUGCCAUCAACACCAAGUCUUCUCGAGUGAACAGUGAAAAGGCAUCGCGUGGACCUGUUUCAAACUGAUGAAGCAAAUCCAGCACUCCUGGAACCUCAUGUUUAAAUAAAUGCUCUUGUUGUCUUUUAAAUAGAUGAAAGAUUUUUUUUUCCCCCCGUUAUCUCUUUAUCUAUUCCUUUCCUUUCAUUCCACAAAUGCUUUUGAAUAAAUGCACUGGCACACUGUGAUCAUUUUUACUGUUAAUCACACUUUGAUUAUGUGAAAUGAAUAAUUCCACUAUCACACUCUCUAAUAAUUUGUCCUACCCUUAGGCAUGUCCCAGAAUUACUAAAGAGUGUUCGAUGAUUGAUAUCCAAUUCCUCAUUUGGGCUUUUUUUGUCACUUUAUUAUAUGGCAAAAGAGGAACCUUGGCAAACUGAAAUUUCCAUUGUAUUAUUAACAAAAAGUUUUCUUUUUUGUUUUUUUUUUUACUCUUGGUUUUGAUUAACAUGUAAAAUGUGUGUUUUUGAGAUGUCAGGCUAAGGGGCUGUGUAGAUGCUUGCCAGGGCAUAUGGAUUAGAUGAUCUCGGCCUGCUGGGGCAGUGCUGGACUGGUUUCAAGGUCUAAUUCAGGUCAGACUGAGUACAAUGUUGAAAAGAUGCAGGCAGUGCAGGCAGUUGGCGCAUUGGGUACAGUGCUUUGACGAUUCGGGGUGCUCUGCCAUCUAGAUACAGCUGUCAUGUGUAAAUAUCUCUCCGAGCACAUGUGCAUUCCCCUCCCUCACUGAAGAAUCCCUGAGCUGGUUGAGUGGAGAAGCUGGACUCAUCUACAAGGCCUCCGUCUGUCCUCGGAUGGCUUUUAUGCUUGUUCUGCCCUUUUCACAACCUCAGUGUGUUUCUCUUCACACCCCCAAAUUGUUAUUCUGUCAUUUUUAGCAUAUUCUGCUCUCCUAGCUGGGUGUCUUUGAAUCAGAAUCCUCUUUGUAACUGUUAAUGCAACUUUUUAUAGAUGUACCUUUUCACUGUGUAAUUGGACCUGCAAUUGAAGGAUGCUCUUUGUGAUUACAUUCUGUUUGAACAAUGCAAUGCAAUAAAUAAGUGUCUAU